ACCCCAGGCAAAUAUCCUUUGGGACCUCCGAAACCCCAUCGCAAGUGACAAGUACCUCUUCAGAUAGUCAUCGCCAACGAGAGGCUCCUAUAAAUAACUUAUCUGCUGUGCGUCAUCCCGCGUGCGUCUGCUGACGGGCUGUCGAUCGGGUGCCCUUCCCUCGGACAAGAUGGCGACAAGGUCUCGAGACGUCCCGGACGAGGAGCUCUUCAUGAGCAGGCCCGUCGAAGAUUGCGACAGUCCAACUGUCGAGCCCCUGAGGAUAUUCAAGCCUCAAAGUCCAAAACUUGCCGACCGUUUCAAGUACCCCGCCCCGCCGACCUUCUCGUCGCCCGCGUCCUCUUCCAAGCCUACUACAUUCCCACUUCCGCCCGGAGCAUCAAGCUCUGCGGCCCCGCUGCCGUACCCAGACGACGAGGACCACCGGAUAACCCAGCCAUCCAAGUCGAGCAGACCUCCAUACGCGGACGACGGCCGCAAGUCUUCCGGUUCCGGCCGGACUUACACCCCGCCCGCUAUUCCUGGAGGGUCGCAGCCGCAAAGCUAUAAUGAUACCUCUCCUCGACUGAGCAUGAGUCCCAUCGAGAAGAAGGGCACUGGCCUGGCAGAGAGACGUGGCACGGCGCCAAUGCCCCUGCAAAGCCCCACGAGCCCCACCGACGAUAAGGAUGAGCUGUUCGCGAAGCCGUUGGCGCAACCCAAGCCCGCAGUUUCCGCAGCGAAGAUCUCGACGGCAUAUCAGAACAAGCCUUACUACCCACCACCCGGUGGUACAUCAUCAGGCUCCAGUAGUCUCCUGCUGCCGGGCGAGAGCGCAGCCGGCGUAAACCGGUUCUCCUCCACUGCAUCCACCUCGACAACACGUGCUAGCCGUGGAUCACCUCCUCCCCCAGAGACUCCCAUUGAACCCGGUAGCUUGCCAGGGGAAGGCAUCGAGGCACGGUAUGCGGCCGCCGGCAUCUCGGGCACAGCGACGCUGAACAGCUUCCAGGCUCAGAGUGCCGCUGCUCAGUCUCGCCUGGCGCAGUACGGUGGCCAACCUCGGCCAGCCCAGCCCGCCCGGCCUUGGACCCCUACCGAGACCCCGGACCAGCAGCCUCAUGGCCCGCCCACUGUCUACCAAGGAUCGGAACCCGUCAGCAGCCUACCGCUCCAGCAGCCAACCUUGAACCUCGCACCGCCCAACUCCAGCUCGGGCACCACCGCUCCUCCCGGGUCAAGCCUCCAGGUGAGCGUCCUGGAGCAGGACUUCCAGCGGAUGCAAGCAUCUACUCCUCCGCCUGCCUAUACCAGUGUCAACCCCAGUGCCAAUUCUCACCCGUAUCCCAACGAAAAGCAACGACCGGCCCAGGCCAGUUCAAGCUCCGCUCCGGCCCCGCAAGCUACCCCUGCUACGGCCGCCGCAGCAUCUGCGUCCAACACGGCGACCGCUACAUCUGCUGCAUCUGCCACGUCUGCUGCGGCAGCAGCAGCAACAAAGACUGAUCCUGCGGCAGCCGGCCUUGCGUCCCCUGCGCUGCAGCACCCUGGGCACCCGGCGUUUGCAAACGACCCCAGACCAGAGUCUCUUCAGAACGGCCAGGCUGGGCUUUAUCACACUCCAUCCGCCGCCCAGGCAGCCGCCGGGCUAGCAUCGCCCCCUCCGCUCCCCGAGGGCUGGAUCGCCCAUCUCGAUCAGAAUUCUGGGCAGUAUUACUACAUCCAUCUCGCCAGCCAAGCUACUCAGUGGGAGUUCCCCAAGGGACCAAACCCGAUCCACCACGAGACGGCACCUCUCUCGCCGACCGCGUCCACGUACGGCAACCCUCUCGGGUCGCCUUUCCUGGGCGGGAAAGCUUCACUCGCCUCCCCCGGUCUCUACCCCCCGCAAACACCUGGCUAUGCGGAGAGUAUAAUGAGCGUGGCCGCAUCGGCAACCCCCACCGCUGCUGGCUUCUCCGGGCCUCCACCGAGUGCGGGUGUGGACAUGUACAAGGUAACUCCCACGAACGGCGUCUACUUCGGUCCGUACCUUCGGUAUGCCAACAUGGACCUGGAGAGAGGCGUAUGGACAGGGAGCAUCUUGAUCAUUACAGAUGCCCCGCAGCCCCCUACAAUUCACAUCCACCUGAGUGUAGAUCUCUCGCCCAACCCGAGGCAGCUUGUCCCGCGCUCCAUCUUCACCCACCAGCGUUGGGGCUUCUACAAGUAUGAUCUGGAGCUCCAGAUGGGCGAGGGCGGCACGGAACGAUGGACGUAUGCCGUCACCUCUCACCUGGGCUGCACGCGGUACGAAUUCGUGGUCGCCGGCCGACAUGAGACUGGCUGGCGCAUGAUUGCCCAUUCCGGAAACGAUUUUGCCCCUUCCACCAGCCAGGGCGACAGGGCGAAGCUCGGCGGGGUGGGUUAUAUGUGGAAGGACGUGCUGCAGAAGAACGUUGAGUGCGGAGGCUUCCACGUCCAGCUCGGCCUCGGAGACCAGAUCUAUGGCGAUCGCCUGUGGAAGGAGGUGCCGAUUCUCAAGCAGUGGCUCUCCAUGCCCGGGCGGGAGAACCGGAAGAACGUCCAGUGGACGGCGAGGCACGAAGAAGACGUUUCUCACGCCUACUUCCACUACUACACAAGCCAUUUCGACCAGCCGUUCCUGAGAGAGGCUUUUGCCCAGAUCCCCCACAUCUUGCAGAUUGAUGACCAUGACAUCUUCGAUGGGUUUGGAUCUUAUCCUGAUUACAUGCAGUCUUCGGCGGUGUUCAGGAACAUAGGACGGGUUGCCAUCGAGAUGUACCUCCUCUUCCAGCACCAUACGACGGUGGAGAUACUGCGCAACGUCAGUUCGGACCAGGACCUCUUCACCAUCACCGGCGCGGGCUGGCACUUUGUCAAGUACCUCGGCCCCGCCGUCGUCGUCGUGGGGCCCGACUGCCGGUCCGAGAGGACGCAGAACCGGGUCAUGGCCGGUCCGACCUACCAGGGCAUCUUCCCCAAGGUGGCCCUGCUGCCGCCCAGCGUCCAACACUGCAUCUGGAUGCUCUCGGUGCCCGCCGUCUACCCCCGACUGGAGGCGGUGGAGACCCUGGCCAACACGUUCGCAACGGGCAAGAAGGCGGUCAACACGACUUACAACCUGCUCGGCAAGGUGACGAGUUCGGUGGCCGGUGUGGUUGGAGGCAAGGAGGUUGUCGCCCAGGGAUUCAGCCACGUCAAGAAGGCCGUUGGCAAGUCGGGGCUCAUGGGCAACGUCCUUAACCAGUUUGGCGAUUUCGACAUCGCCGAGGAGUUGAAGGAUCUUUGGACUCACGAAUCCAAGGACUUGGAGCGGACAUAUCUGAUCCGGACCCUCCAGGGCAUUGCCCACCAGAAGGGAAUCCGGAUGACGUUCCUUUCGGGCGACGUCAACUGCUCGGGCGCCGGCCUUGUCCACGACCCGUCGCACCCGAGCGACCACAAGACCAUGUACCAAAUCAUCACGAGCCCGAUCGUGGCCCAGCCGGCGAGCAACUACAUGCUCAAGAUGCUGCACAACAACAAGCUCCUGUACGUGCCGCAGAACGGCAGCAAGUCGACGCACGAGGUGUCCGACACCAAGGAGGACAUGAUGGAGAUCUUCCACACCGACGCCUCGGGCACCCCCCGCGAUCUCAAGAAGCUCAUGGGCCGCCGCAACUACGUCGCCAUCGUCGCCUACGACCCGGAGGCCAUCGCCGGCGGCGCCGGCGCCGGCGGCACCCAGUACGCCGGGAGCGUCUCGAGCGGCAGCAGCGGCCUCAACAAGCUCAGCCUCGCCGUCGACUUUGUCGUUCAGGGGGACGGCGCCUUCACUGCGCCGACAAAGUACGGGCCCGUCAUCGUGCCGCACCUCGAGUUUGGGCAUUAGAUUAGGCCUGCCUCCCUCGGAACCGAUCUGUAUGUAUGUAUGUGGCCUUGCUUUAUCGCGGGUCAAGAGGGACCGGAGGGGAAGG